AUGGGAUGUAUACAUUCCAUCAAUGUAAAAGAAGCAGCAAAUGUAGAAGUUGUAAGGAAUUCAGAUCAAAGUGCCAAAACAUGUACAUUGACUAAACCAAGUGAGGAUAAAAGAGGCUCUCAACAGUACAGUCUCAGAGCUGCUGUUCUCAUUCAGAAAUGGUACAGACGUUAUCAGGCGCGUCUAGAAAUUAAAAGAAGAUGCGCUUGGAUGAUCUAUCAAUCAUUGGAAUAUGCUGGAGAACAGAAUCACCUAAAGCUCUAUGAUUUAUUUCGUGACCUAAUAUUGAACGCAUCUGAUGAAAAGAUUAUAGAUGCAGAUAAUCCUUCUGAAAAUUCAAAUAAUCUGGAUUUAAGGUUGGCAUUACUUGUACAACUUGAUGGUGGUGAACCAUUGGAUUUAAACAUAUGGAAUGGUGAUUGGUUACCAUCAUUGUCAUCAAAUUAUCAAGGCGUUAAGUUGAAUUUCCCUCUAGACAUGCAACAAGUUGCUGGAUUGAUGGAAUCAUUUGUUCAAGGAGAAAGAUUGCAUCCAAAAUAUGUUUUUCAAAUUUUAUGUGAAUCCAGGCAGUGCAUUAUGUCACGUCCAAAUGUUCAAAUGGCAUCAACUUCAAUUUCUCGACAAAUUACAGUUGUUGGUGAUUUACACGGACAGUUUAGUGAUCUUCAAAUGAUACUGUAUAAGAAUGGUAUGCCAGAUGUAACAAAUCCAUAUGUAUUCAAUGGAGAUUUUGUGGAUAGAGGUAGAAAAUCUGUUGAAACUUUACUCACUAUAUUAUGUCUAUUGUUGAUUCGACCUACCGCAGUGUUUUUAAAUCGUGGUAAUCAUGAAGAUCAUUAUGUUAACUGUCAAUAUGGAUUUAUCAAAGAAAUUCAAAAAAAAUAUAAGUCAGUUGGUGAUCAAACAGAUUUAAAUACACUUGGAAGCAUGAAUCGAUUUUCUUUUUUCACGCUUCUUAAACCUGUGGACGAAAGUCCCUUGAACAGUGAUGGAGUGAAACAGUAUCAAGACCUACUUUGGAGUGAUCCACAGAGUCAAUCAGGAUUACUAAUGAAUGAAAGACGUGGUUUAGGCUGCUCAUUUGGUCCAGAUAUUACUGAGAAUUUCUUAGGAAGGCAUAAUUUAAGUCUACUUAUACGAUCACAUGAAUGUAAACCUGAAGGAUUUCAAUGGUCACAUUGCAAAAAGUUGUUAACUGUAUUCUCAGCAUCAAAUUAUUAUACAGAUGGUUCAAAUCGUGGUGCAUAUGCAAGAAUUUCAUACGAUGGUUCUGUACAAAUAAUACAAUAUGAUAAGUUGGCAGAAGAAUCAGCUUUGACUGAUCUCAAACGAAAAAUAUCUACUUAUUCAAAAGAGUUAAGAAAAGAGUUUGAAUUACUGGAUCCCACAAAUACUGGGAAAAUUUCUAAACUUGAAUGGUGUAAAACAAUGGAGAAAGUAUUAGAUUUAAAAUUACCAUGGAGUACACUUCAACCACGCCUAGUUGUUGCUUCAAAAACGCAAAAUCAAGUUGAAUAUUUAACAACAUUUGAAAAGCUCUCAAUACACAAUAAUGCAUCAAAUAUGCCACCUUCGGUUACUGAAGAAAUGUACAAAUAUCGUGAUGUACUUGAAGGGAUAUUUCGAGCAAUGGACAAAGAUAACUCAGGUCGUAUAUCAUUGAAUGAAUUUAAGCAUGCGUGUUUACGUUUACCUAAUUGGACAGAGAUCAAUGAAAAAAUUGUCAUGGAUAUGGCACGUUCAAUUGAUAUUAAUAAGGAUGGUUUAAUUGAUUUCAAUGAAUUUCUUGAAACAUUUCGAUUAGUUGAAUCAGAUCAUAAUCAUCAUGAAUCAUUGACUAAUCCACAAAUAGAUGAAUAA